AUGUCCCCAGCACCCAGCCUCCCCUCCUUCAUCCAACACAACCUGCAUCCCGUGCGCAGCCCCCUCGACCCCAGCAUCCACUGCGCCCUCUGCUCCUCCCCCUACACCUCGACCCACCAGCCCAUCUUCGCCGACAUCCCCGGCUGCCGCCACGCCUUCGGCCGCAGCUGCCUCCUUGCCCGUCUCAGCGAGGCGGACAAUUCCUGUCCGACGUGCAAGCGCACGUGGUUCCUGGCAGCGGCGGAUUACGCGCAGCAAGCUAUUUUGCGGGCGCGCGUGAUAGUGGCGCGGGAUUUCAAGGCGAUGCUGCACGACUUGGACUGGGUGGGCGCGCUGCUCAGCGCGUGGAGGGAGCGCGCGGAGCGGCGUAUGGAUGGGGAAAUCAGGACGGAAUAUGAAGACAUCGUGCAGGACUAUGCGGGUUUGGAGAAGAGUAUGAGGCGGGUUGCGGAAUUGUUUUCGCUGAGGCAGAGGAAUCCGCUGCCGGAGGUUGGCGGCGUUAGGGAGGCGUUGAAUGAUUUGGAUCUUACGUUUCACGAGCUGGAUGACUGGAUUGGGGAGGUCGCGGAGAAGAUGGAAGGCCCGCUGAAGGGGCAGCUGGAGGAUAUUCGGAGCGACUUUUGUUGGGUUUGGCAGGGGUUUGAUGGGCUGGCGGGGAGGGUUAUCGCGGGGUUGUAUGGGGAGAGGUGGAGCUGA